AUGAUCAGGAGAAUUCAAAUUACACCUAUAGGUAAUAAUACUACGAGAAAUGAGUGUCAUCAGUCUGGUUUGGUAAAAUUCCUCAAACAACCAUGUCUACUAAUACUUCAUGUCACAUGUUUACUGGUCACACUAUUGAGUAAUUUAAGCUCAAGUUGGAUAAUUGUGAAUGAUUUAUACCAACAACUUCCUGGUCUAGUAUUCGACAAAAUAUCAAAAUUUCUAUUUAUCAGUUAUAUCCUAUUCAGUAUUAUCGAAUUUGUAUUAAGUAUAACAGAAGUAUUUCUAUGGAUUAAUAUUCUAAGAAGAAGAAGAUAUAUAUUAUGGAUCACUGUUGAUUGCAUCACCACCAUAAAUAUCUUUUUGGCUGAAAUUCCACUUGGUAUUCUCAAUACUUACACAUGUGCUUGUCAAGAAUCUACAAUUUCAAUGGGUUUCAUAAUGAAAGGAGGAUUAAUUUUCACACUUAUAUGCAUUCGUCUAUCUGUAUGCUUUAUUUCCUGUGUUUAUGAGAAGUUCAACAAUGCAUUUACCGAUUCAGACAGUAAUAUACCAAAUGAAAGUGAAUGUUUACUAGGCAGCCAGAAAUCUAAUAUCAAAGAGACUAACGAAAUGUUAUUCGACAUGGAGGAGAAGUCUAUGUUUAAACAAAAACAUUGGUGGUUAUUUUUUCGAGUUGUGAUGACUUCCGGUUUCUUUUGUCUGCUUAUUUUAAUGGCUACAAUAUUCACCUUCAUAUUUAUUCAGCCUUAUCCUACUUAUAUACAAUGGUAUCAAGUUGAUGAAGACAAGCGUAUUUCAUUUUUGAAUCUAACUACUCCACAGUAUUUUCAUAAUGUGGAAAUAUUUCUUCAAGAGAAAUCAUUAAAUCAUUCAGAGGCAAAGUGGUUACACUUAGUAAGUCUAGAACAAAUUAUGCGCUUACAUUAUAUUCAUGCCAAUGAAUCGGUCACACUAGGAUUUUAUACCUACACAGGUAUAAAGUAUUUUCUGUUUAAACAGACUAUUCAUUAUAUGAAUAAUACUAAAGCACAAAAGUUUUCAUGCUGGGAAAUAAUAGAGGAUGAUUUAUAUAAAGAAUCAAUUUGUCAUAUGUCGAAAAAUCACUCAAUUCAAAUAAUUAAAGCUGUUAAAAUAUACUUCAGGUAUAUUCCACCAACAAAACAACAACAUCUUGGUAAUGUGGUAUAUAAUGCAACGAGAGUUAUUUCUAAUGGCCACAAGGUUUCAGAAAAUCCUGAUCUAGUGUUGAAAUAUUUCCGGAAUACUAUAGUACAUUUAUCGUCGGAAAAAGUAAAAAAUUCAGACAGUAGUCUCAAUCAAAAACAAUGGUCCAGCGGUCCUUUCAGAUCAUAUGACCUUCAUGCUGAUGACGAAGAGUACAUAAAGUAUCAGGAUACGGAUCUUAUACCUGUUAAAGAAAUAUGGAAGACAGGGAUUGCAAAAUGUCAAAGUACAGCUCCGGAAGGCCCAGAGAAGGUGUAA